GCUGCUGACACAUGAGCCCGGUCUGGCUUUGGAAGGAGAGCCAGUAUUAAGCUUCUAGCUGUGUGUUCAUCUCCUGCUCUCUGGGUUUGUGGUUGAACUGAGGCUCAGGAGAACAUGGGGAAAUGCCACUUCAGCGUUAUGUGCAUCGUCUGCACGGUGGUGUCUGUGGUUUCUGUGGCAAUCCUGGUUGGAAUCUGGACCUUCCAAUUUCUUAAACCUGCAAAAACUCCAGUUGCUUUGUGGGACAGAUACCGUCUCCCUGAUACUCUUCUCCCAGAAGCUUACUACAUCACCCUCUGGCCUCGGCUCAAACCGGACCACCGUGGCAUCUACAUCUUCACUGGAAACUCCAGCGUGGUCUUCAAGUGUGUGAAGGAUAUAGACCUCAUCCUCAUCCACUCCAACAAGCUGAACCUGACAUCUGCUGGUGGACAUAUGGCUAGACUGACCACACUAAAUAACAUACCUGAACCAGCUAUAAAGUCCACCUGGUUCAAAGUGCCCACUCAGUAUCUUGUAAUUGAGCUACAGAGCAAAUUAAAAGCAGGAGAAUCCUAUAGACUCAACACUGAGUUUGUUGGGGAACUCGCUGAUGAUCUGGCAGGUUUCUACAGGAGUGAGUACAUUCAAGAUGGAGUAAACAAGGUUGUUGCCACCAGUCAAAUGCACCCCACUCACGCCCGUAAAACCUUCCCCUGCUUUGAUGAACCAGCCAUGAAAGCUGUCUUUCACAUCACUGUCCUGCAUGAACGAGGAACAGUUGCUCUCUCCAAUGGGCAAGAAAUUGAAAACAGGAACACCACAGUGAAUGGCUCAGCUGUCACGAUUACCAAGUUUGAACCCACACAGAGAAUGUCAUCAUACCUUCUUGCUGUGGUUGUCAGCGACUUCAGUUAUGUCCAUUCAGAAGAGAGUACUUUGAUUCGGAUUUGGGCUCGCAGGAAAGCAGUUUCUGAAGGACACUGUGCCUAUGCCCUCAACCUCACUGGACCCAUCCUCAACUUCUUUGAGAAUUACUAUAAUGUUCCUUACCCACUCUCUAAAUCAGACCAGAUUGGUCUGCCUGACUUCUACUUUGGUGCAAUGGAGAACUGGGGGCUGGUCACUUACAGAGAGGCAAAUCUCUUCUACGAUCCUGCCAUCUCCUCGAAUGGAAACAAAGAGCAAACAGCUACUAUAAUUGCCCACGAGCUGGCACACAUGUGGUUUGGAAACCUUGUAACUCUGAAAUGGUGGAAUGAGGUUUGGCUAAAUGAAGGUUUUGCCACAUAUGUCUCUUACCUUGGAGCAGACUAUGCUGAACCCACCUGGAAUCUGAAAGAUCUUAUAGGCCUGAGGAACAUCCACCGAGUUUUCGCCAUCGAUGCUCUGGCCUCCUCCCACCCCCUCUCCUCUAAAGAAGAGGACAUCAUGAAACCAGAGCAGAUCAGUGAGGUGUUUGAUACCAUUUCUUACAGCAAGGGGGCGUCAGUGUUGAGGAUGCUCUCAGACUUCCUAACAGAGUCAGUCUUCCUUCAGGGACUAAAGACCUAUCUGAACACAUUUGCUUAUGAAAACACAGUAGGCUCAGAUCUCUGGCAUCAUCUCCAAGCAGCAGUGGAUAAAAGUGGAGUGGUGCUUCUCCCCAUGUCUGUUGAUAAAAUCAUGGAUCAUUGGGUUCUUCAGAUGGGCUUCCCAGUGGUGUCUAUAAACACAUUUACGGGUGAGCUGUCUCAGAAACACUUUCUCCUGGACCCUGAGUCAGUUGUGGAGGUACCAUCUCCAUUCAAUUAUGAGUGGAUUGUGCCCAUUAAAUGGAUGAAGUCUGGGGUGGAACAGACGCCAGUGUGGCUCCUGGAGAAAAGUGUCUAUAACAGUGAAAUGAAAAUGAUGGGGGAUGACUGGGUGCUAAUGAAUCUCAACCAAACCGGAUACUACAGAGUAAACUAUGACCCUGGCAACUGGGAACGCAUCCUUAAACAGCUCAACAAGCAGCACCAGGCCAUUCCUGUUCUUAACAGGGCCCAAAUUGUGGAUGAUGCCUUUAAUCUUGCCAGGGCCGAAAUCAUUCCCAUCAGCUUAGCGUUGAAUACAACCAAGUUUCUUCUAAAGGAAACAGAAUACAUACCCUGGCAGUCAGCCCUGGACAACCUGGACUAUUUUUACCUCAUGUUUGACCAAACAUAUGUCUAUGACAGCAUGCAGGCAUACCUCAAGAAGCAAGUAACACCACUUUUUGAAAACUUCAAGACCAUAACCAUGAACUGGACUAAAGUACCUGAUGCACACAUGGACCAGUAUAAUCAGGUAAAUGCCAUAAAAGUGGCCUGCAGCACUGGAGUGGAGGCCUGUCAGAACCUCACUGCAGACUGGUUUACACAGUGGAUGCAAAAUCCAGAGCAGAACCUAAUUCACCCUAACCUGAGGUCCACAGUAUAUUGCAGUGCCGUUGCUGCAGGGGGCGCUACAGAGUGGGAGUUUGUCUGGGAGAUGCUCCAGAAUGCUAACAUCAGCAGUGAGGCGGACAAACUAAUGACAGCACUGACCUGCACCAAAAACAGCAGUCUUCUGCAGAGUUAUCUGAAUUACACCCUGGACCCAACAAAGAUUCGUAAACAAGAUGCCACCCGGGUGAUUGUGCAGAUCGCUGGGAACAUAAAGGGUCGGGCGUUAGCGUGGAAUUUCAUCACACUAAACUGGAAAUACAUUUUCACUGAGUAUGGUGCUGGAUCUUUUAAUUUCGCUGAGCUCAUAAGUGGCGUGACGAGGACAUUCUCAACUCAGUGUCAGCUUGACCAGCUGCUGCAGUUUAAGGCAGAGAAUGCAGACGUGGGCUUUGGCUCAGCAAGCUCGGCUCUGGAGCAGGCUGUGGAGAAGACUAAAGCCAGUAUGAAAUGGGUCACUGAACACCAGAGAGAAGUGUCUGACUGGUUCAGAGCUGAAGCUGCCUGAACACAGAGAGAUUCUUCACCCUAUUCUCUUCAUACUCCCGUAGAUGAACGGAAAAUAAAAAGAAUACAAUUGUAUCAUAAUGUUUAGUUUCUACAUCAAGUUUAUAAAGAAGAUACUGUCCUUGUAGGGGGUUGUCAAUACAGCAGUUUCUAAAAUGUCUGUAAAAACAACUGUCAUAGAAGGGAACAGAUUCUUACAAACUGGAAGAGUAAACCUUUUUGUCUUUGUCACUUUUGUUUAAUUUAAUUCAUAAUCUUAAAGUACCUGACCAAAAGGCUGUUGCUUAAAUACUUUGUUGAAUAAAUCCAAUUCAAUUUGGUUGUUA